CAUUUAUUUUUAUUUGUUGUCAAAAUGGCUUCAACAUCUCAGAAGCCGAAAAAGGGCAUUUUAAAACAUUCAGGAAGCAUCGAUCACAGGCCGUCUUCGAGUAAAAGUGAAAGAUGUUGUCUUUUUGGUUCGUGUAGAAAAGACCGCAAUAGCAAAAAAGAAAUAGAAUGGGAUGAAAUGAACAUCCUUGCUACAUAUCAUCCUGCAGAUAAAGACUACGGCUUUAUGAAGGUUGAUGAGCCACCCACACCCUACAACAGAGCUGCAUCAGAUAAUGAAGAGGAAGUAGGUGCUGAAAGAAAAGGAAGCGUAAGCUCAGUUACAGGUCUUGAUCCUGAAAUGUUGGCCAAAAAACUGGCAUGCAAAGGAGAACCGAGUGGGGAGAAACAUUUUUACUCGGAUGAUCCUAGCGAUGAGUCAGAUCAUGAAAAUGAAACAGAAGAAGAAAGAGAAAAAAGAAAAGUUUUUCUCCUCAAGCGCAAAGCACAUUACAAUGAAUUUGCAGCUGUCCAGUUGGCUAAAAAGUUAAUGGCAGAAGAUGAAGAUGAAGAAGAGGACCCUCAGCAAGCAUCAGAGAAACAAAAACAAGGGUCAGCAGCUCCUAAAGGUACUUGUUCCUCAGAUAGUGAGGAGCCUGACUGUGUUCAAGAAAAUAAAAAUGAAAACAAUGCAAGCCAAGAACUUGAUGAGCAGACAUCAUGCAGUUCUUAAAUUUAAUUGAGACUAUUUAUGCACUAGAAUAUUGUUUUUGUUUGCAAAAAGGUGAUUUACUGUUCCUCUUAGACGUCAAAAAGUCAAUCCCUACCUCCUCCCUCCCAAUUGUUUAUUAACAGAUAAAUUUCAAAAUUAAUAUGAAUGCAAAUCAUGUCAUUCCCUUUAAGUAGCUAACUUUUAAUUGUAUCCUUUAAAAAAAAUACCUUUUUACCAACUUUUUUUGCAAAAAAAAAAAAACUAAGAUAUUACAUGGUUACAAAUGUACAUGUAAAACUACAUAUGCACUCUGAAGAAUUGCAUUGUGCAUCCUGCAUCAUACUUGUCUUAUUCCUAUUUGAUUUUCCAUGGUGAGAUUAGGUGGUGUAUUUAGAAACUUCAGUCAUCUGUAUUGUGUAUAUCCUAUGAGGUUUAUGACAAUAGUAUGAACUAUUAGUAAUUGGUCUGCAAAUCAUUGGGAAUUUGCUACUGUAUGUCACAUAUGCAUUUUAAGUUGUACAAAUGUAUUAAUGGUAUAUCUGGAAAGGAGUAUUAUAUAUAUAUAUAUAUAUAAAUGUUUCAUAUACAUUUCAAAAUUAUUAAUGGGAAAUCUGUAAAGAUUCACUGUUCUUCUGUGUUAUCCAUGUGUUAAGGUGUAGCUUUACAAAUCAUUUGUAUCAUCUCAAUUAUUGUAAAUUCCUGUUUUAAAGAUUUGUACACCUGUUGUGUUACCUUUAUCAAAUUAGCAUUGUUUUAGUGAGUGUUGACAAUGAAAUACUACUGCAGACAUAUUGCCAGCAGUCCUAUAAUAUGUUUAAUGGCAAUAACUGAUUUAUGCAUCAACUGUUAACCAAUUCAAAUUGUCAAAUGAUUAAUUUGUGUAAAAACAUAUUGGUGUAAUAGAAUUUUCACACUAAGGGGCAUGUACAAAAUAAGAAAACAUAAUACUUAAUUUUGGUAGACCGCCAACUAAAUUUUAAAAAAUGUUACUAUUAAGUGAGAUUACAUUUGUCUAGGUAUAACUAUUUAAAUUCAUUGUUUUCCCUUCGCUAUUUGUUGAACAGGCAUGGGUAGCAUACAUAGAUUUAGGUGAGUUACCCAGUUUAUAGUUUCUUGAAAAAAAAUGGUCUUAACAAAAUAUUUAAAAUGGUUUAUAUUUUGUUUAUUUGCACAAUUUAUAUUUCUAUUUUCAAAAGCUUGGUUGUUUUUUUUUUAAUUUGUUUUUCUUUAUCAAGAACAUAUUCAACUGAAAAUUGUCCAUAUUUCUUAACUGCAAGAGUCAAUGCAUAUGUUUAUGCUGAAUUAAAAAGAAAUAGAAAAGGGUAGUCUUAUACUGUAAGCAAUACUAUCAGAUUAGUGUCAGACUGUGGUUUAUUGAUCUGCUGUAUUAGUAACAACCAUUUCAUAAUAUAUUGGUUACAAAUCUUAUGUGCUGUUGGUUUAAUUAGGUUUCUUAAUAGGGUUACAAAGAAGCCAGAUAAAUUAAUGAAAAAGUGGUGUUUUCCUGUGACUUUAGAAGUCUAUUAUUAUUAUUUCUAUUUUCGAAAACACUGUAAUUAGUUAAAUAUUUACUGUUGGAUAAAACAAAAUCUGCCAGCAUUUAGAACACGAUUUCAUACUGUUGGUAAAAUUUAGUGUCUGCACUGCUGGCAAAAAUAUUUUAGUCUCAGAUACUCAAAACAUUCCUUAAGAUCAAAAUUUGACUUUUUAUUUUAAGUCAUGUAGACUGAUCAAAAUCUUUGCUAACAAUAGCUAAUCAAAAGAGUAACUAGUGGGAAAGGUAAAAAUCUUAAAAUUUUAUUAUUGUGUAAAAAAAACAAAAGUAAUUUAAAUUAACCCUUUACAGACCAGUGGGCCAGAAAUGAAAAAAAAAUUUUUGGUUUCAAGUGACAUCUAUCUCCAGCAUUAAAAUUUUAAGUUGAUCAAUUUUAUUUUCACAUUUGUGGUUAAUUUUUUUUGCAUUUAUUUAAGCUGAGAAGGAUGCCUUAAAAGUGUAUAAAUCUCAAUGGGCUUAUUAGGAUAUAAUUUUGAAAGUAAUUGGACUGUAUAGGGUUUAAAAUUACAAUGUUGCAGGAAUGUAUUUCAAUAAGUUUAUGUGUCGGGCCACACCUUAUUUACAAAAAUAAAAAGUCGCUAUAGCAAAAUUAAGUCACAACACCACAAUGUCCUGUUAUUUAUCAUUAAGGUAAAGAAAUUAUUUAAGAAAACCUGCAACCAUUAGAAGAACGAUGUCUAUCCUAUGUUUCUUAUCUAGGCAUGAAUUGCAUUACUUGGAUGAAAUUUUUUAUUAUUUUUUUCUCAUUGUUUCAUAUUAGAUUAGAUUUGAUUUUUAUAUUGGUUGUGAUUUCACUAUAAAUUUAUAGAACUUAAAGCACUGUCAGUUAUAUAUUUUAUUUGAUGAUAUAUUUUAAAAAAAUUUUGUUGUUAACCUUGGACGAUUGAAGAGGACAUUAUCUUCAGUUACUGAAUGGUAAUUUAUAGUUUUUGAAUGUUCUGUUGGAAAAGUAUUGUAAUUCUUGUGCAUUUUUGUAGACUUUGCUGUAUCUUCUUUACAAGAUUUUAAAAGGUUUUAAAAUCUUAAAUAGGCUAUGUGAUAAGGUUUUUUAUAAGCAAAAAUUAGUUUAUAUUACAUUUAUUGAAUAUUUUUGUUCUUUGAACUUUUUCUGUUCAACUGUUAAGCUUUCAAACCAGUCCAAGUCUUGCUGAUAAAAAAAUAUGCCAUUUCUAAAAUUAUCUUAAAAAUGCAAUGUUUCUGCCUAUUCAGACUGGCAAUAGGGCUGCUAGAGAUAUAUAGGUUUUUUUUAAUCUUAGCAUAUAUUUUUGUGCAUUUAGCUGAUGCUGUUUUUUCUAUUGAUGGUUACUGCUCACCUUGGCACAAUUGGUUAAAAAGGUGUGUGCUUCUCUCCUCUGUGUAGCAGUAUAUAGUGUGUACCUUGGCGCUAUCUUGGUGUUAUCUUGGUGUUACAUUGCUUGUACAUAGUUUCAAUUGUUGUAUGUCCAUGAAUAAUAUCUGGGCUGUGUUGUUGGAUUUCUGGACCUUUUGUGUCCACAUAUCAUUUUUAGUGUAUGUAUAUUUUUUUCCAAAAUUUCUUGCUCUGCUAAGAAAUGACUCCCAUGUCAAAGAAAUAACAUAAAAUUGUAUAAAAGUCAGUUGUCUUGAUUGAUUUGUUUUAAAUUACCAUUGGAUUAAAUUAGCGUAGGUCUUAAGAAUGUUUUUUAUAUUGAGGAGUCUUGUUUAAAAGUGUAUUUUUAAAAAGUACAGUUUUGUAAAUAAGAAUUGUAUUUACAAACAUGACAUACAGGUUAGUGUAAAAUAUGUUUUUGAAUUGUUUCAUGGUUUAAAUACACUAAACAUUGAAUCUACUGAGCACUUCGGCUGAUGAAAACAUUUUGCCUUCAAAGUCGUUUAAUAAAGAAAAAUGUCAUGUCCAUGGCUCUGGAACCAGUAAUGUGACUCAGGGGGAUUCUUUAAUGGUUGAUCUCAGCAAUGUAUAAUUUUUUUUUCUGUCCUAAUUCAAGCUUUUGAUUGGAAAUGGUUAAUAUUUUAAAGUUUUAUAUUCAGUUUUGUUAAUUAAGCAACUACAUUUUAAAAUUUUGAUUAAAAAAGCUUCCUCUCUGUCAAAAUAUAAGAAGCUGACACAAAGUAACAAUUUAUCAAGUCAGUAUUAUUUUAAACAUGAUUAAUCAAGUAACUAAGAUUGUGCAGAUACUGUUUUAAAACACAAAAUCCUUAUUCUGAAAUCUUCACUUUUCUUAGAUUGCGGGUGCAAAGGUUUUUCAUACAUGGUUCUUCAGUAUAAAGACAGAAUGAUUUGGUGAGUUCUGGCUUGUUUGUGAUUAUUAAAAGAACAGAAGGAGCCCCACAGUGUAGAAAACUGCUUAACUCUAGUCAUGAGAACAAGUUUAAUUCUACUGUUGCACUGAAAGAACUUAAUGCUUGGUUUUGUGUCUCUUGUACUCUUUGCGAAAUAUACAGUGUGAUGAUUAGUGUGUUAACUGAACAACAAACACUUGGACAUGGAAGCAAUUGUUUGAAUGGAAAAUCACUGUUAUUACUGGAUAGGAUGCUAACUAAAUUAAAGUGGAAUGAAAUAUCCAAUUUUAUUGCAAUAAGUUUAACAAUUAGAAUUUUGUUAUUGAAACAAUUAUGUUUCAUUUGGUCUAACGUUAGUUGAUGUAAUUUUUAAAUGUUGUUGUCAUUGUUCUUUUCAUUUAAAAAAAAUUUAACAUAUUUAUAUGUUUCUUACUGAAUAAACUACCAUUUGCAAA